UUGACACAUCAGCUGUGACAUCAGCUGUCAUCAAAAGUUAACCUAACAAUGUAAAAUAGUUGUUUAUAAUUUUGCGAAAACAGUUCUGCAACUAUACCAAAUUUUGUUUAAUUAGCAAUAAUUGUUUUAUCGUAUAAUGACCUAGUUUCCACAUACUGUUUCUGUAUGUUUUCGUAGGUUUCUGUAAUGGACGGGCAGAGCCUCAAAUUGUCGCCGCCAGGUGUCCACGGUCAUUGGAACUUUACCAACUUGUGCGGAGACGAAGGAUUCGAAAUAUGGAAUAUGACCAGGAACGAUUUGGGAAUAUGUUUUCAGCAGUUGGUUUUGGAUAUACCUGUUCUAUGUCUUCUAGCGAUAUCUUCCAGCUACUACUUCGGCUACUCAGGCGGACUGGUUUCGAGAGGCAGUACUCAGCUUAUCGCCAUCAAUAUGCGUUGUUUCCUAACCUUUCUCCUAGCUUUCCUACCGGUAGUACAAAUAUACGUUUACGCUUAUCACACUGCAGAAAAAAUCCCACAAAUCGCCUACUUCCUCAGUGCAGUCCAGGGCAUCUCCUGGUUCGUCCAUAUCCUCUACAUCCUGAACCUUAGAAGAAGAUUGGGUAAAAACCCGAGAGGACCCAUGAUCAUCUGUGUUCUGUGGUGUUUGAUCUUUGUUUUGACCGUUGUAUCGCUGAGAAGUCACUUUCUAGCAUUGAAAUACACGCUCAGGACAGAGUAUAGUGCCUAUUUGGCUUAUGGGAUGAGCAUAAUCUACCUGAUUGUUCAAGUUUUUUAUGGAUUCACUUUGAUACCUGGAGAUAGUGAUGCCACAGAGUUAAAUUUCGUUGACAGAUACAGUGAGAUUGGAGAACAGCAACCACUUUUACACAACGCCUAUGUAAGGUUUAUAGAGGACGGAGAUCCAACAUAUCUUGGAGUUGCCAUGGAAGAUGCCUCGGUACUUUCUAAGUUAUUGUUUUCUUGGGUGGAACCUCUGAUGCAAAAAGGAGUCAAAGGUCAACUAAAGACGUCUGAAGAUUUGUUUGACCUUCUUCAUUGCUUGAGCUGUUCAGCAGUCAGUGGGGAAUUGCAUAGGAAUUUUUUACAAAUAUACAGUGCUGGAGGACAAAACAAUGAGCAACAAGAGGAUGAAGCGACAACAUCGGAUACUAUUAGACUUCAACCAGAGGUCCAAGUCAAAAAAUUGGAUUAUUCCCUAGUUAAAGCCCUCCAUAAAGUAUUCUGGGUGGAAUUUUACUCUAUAGGAAUACUAAAGUUCGUUGGGGAUUGCGCUAACUUCGCUAGUCCCAUGAUUUUAAAUAAACUAAUAAGCUUUAUAGAAGACAAGAAUGAGGACAUUGCAUACGGGUACCUCUAUGCUGGAGGAUUGUUACUGUCUACGUUCAUAGCUGCAAUGGCCGAUUCCCACUUCAGUUUCCUCAUGUCCAUGAUCGGAUUUCGAAUAAAAGGAGCUCUAAUAACGACGAUCUACAGGAAAACGCUGAGCGUCAGUCCCCAUGUGUUAAACAAUCACUUUUCGCUGGGCGAAAUCGUUAAUUUCAUGUCCACGGACACAGACAGAAUCGUGAACGCCUGUCCCAGUUUCCAUUCGAUGUGGAACAUACCGUUCCAGCUGGCUAUUACACUUUACCUACUCUACGUCCAAGUAGGUCCAGCCUUCCUGGCAGGAGUUCUGUUCAGUAUCAUUCUCAUCCCUAUCAACAAGGCGAUUGCCAAUAAGAUCGGAACGUUGAGCGCCAAAAUGAUGGAGAAAAAAGACGCUAGGGUGAAAAUCAUAGCCGAAGUGCUGAGAGGUAUCAGAGCCAUAAAACUGUACGUUUGGGAGGAGCAUUUCAUGAGCAGGAUUUCACGUUUAAGAUCGCAAGAGUUGAAAUACCUGAGAAGCCGCAAAUAUUUGGACGCCCUGUGUGUUUAUUUCUGGGCAACCACUCCAGUUCUGAUCUCCAUCUUGACCUUCGUAACCUACGUGCUCAUGGGCAACAAACUGACAGCCGCUACAGUUUUUACGUGCAUUGCUUUGCUCAACAUGCUCAUAGCUCCAUUAAAUGCUUUCCCGUGGGUCCUGAACGGCAUGAUGGAAGCAUGGGUUAGCGUGAAAAGAAUCCAGAAAUUUUUACAGCUUCCAGAAUUGGAUCUGAAUUCGUAUUACAAAAACCUAAGUGACGACAGUGCUGACAUAGUGCUGAAUAGCGCCAGUUUUAUGUACGGUAAAGAACUCAGCAUUGAGGAAAAAAUAUCGCUUCACGGUGAAAAACCGAAGAAAUCAAAAAAAGGAAAAGGUGUUGGAAAAAGUACGAAAAAUGUCGAGAAGAAAGUCAGCUUCAAUAAUGGAGAAAAUAGCCUACAGAAUCAGUUCAAUCUCAGCAACCUUAAUCUCAAAAUUCGCAAGGGCGAAUUCGUGGGUAUAAUAGGACCGGUAGGAUGCGGCAAAUCGUCGAUAUUGUCCGCCGUUAUGGCCGAACUGUCGAUGCAAGCGGGGCACGUCGCAAUUAGCCAAAUUGAAUCAGGUUUCGGCUUGGUUACUCAACAACCCUGGUUGCAACGCACUACCUUGCGAGACAACGUCCUCUUCGGCAAACCCUUCGACGAAAAACGCUACAAAGACGUACUUUUUGCCUGCGGCCUGGCCGAAGAUGUCUCCAAUCUGCCCAAGGGCGACCUGACUGGGGUAGGGGAGGGCGGAGCCACCCUUUCGGGUGGUCAGAAGGCAAGGGUGGCUCUGGCCAGGGCCGUCUAUCAAGAUAAGUCUGUCUAUCUAUUAGACGACAUACUAUCCGCUGUAGACACCAAAGUAGCCAAACACAUCUUCCAACACUGUAUUUUGGGUCUACUAAAAGACAAAACCAGGAUACUUUGUACUCACCACGUACAAUUCUUAGCAUACGCUGAUCGAAUCAUAUAUAUGGAAGGUGGUAGCAUUAAAAAACAAGGAAAACCAUCUGAAAUUCUAUCAGAUAUAGAUGAUAGUUUGGCUCUAGAUCUGGAACUUAAUGAAAGUAUAUCGCAUUCAUCUAGUUCUUUGCUGGACAGUGUUAAAGACGUUGAUUCUGUAGCUGAAUCGGAGAAAAAUGAUAAUGAUAGUGUGUUAAAUGUUGAAGUUAAUAACACAGGAACGUUGAGUUUCAACGUUUAUACUUCGUAUUGGAAGGCGAUCGGUCAUCUUUUGUGUUUGUCCAUUCUGAUGGCGAUGGUUUUGAUGCAAGUGUCGAGGAACAUGACAGAUUGGUGGUUGGCUCACUGGGUGACGGAUAUUCACGAUGACAAUAAUGCGACGAAUAUCACAAAUAACGUUUUUACAACGAAAAAUGAACGGUUUGAUCUGAACGUUCUUAAUUUGCAGGAAACGACGGGCUUCUACUUAAAAAUUUACGCCUGGUUUGCCGUGGCCAACACUCUGUUCACGCUGUUCCGCGCCUUUCUUUUCGCGUACGGAGGGGUCGUAGCCGCGGCCAAGUUCCACAAGCUCUUAUUAAAGUCCGUGGUUAAGGCCAGGACGACGUUCUUCGACAUUACUCCCCUAGGACGGAUCCUGAACAGAUUUUCCAGUGACACUUACACCGUCGACGAUUCCUUACCCUUCAUCUUAAAUGUUUUACUAGCGCAGUUUUUCGGCAUGCUGGGUUCUAUCGGUGUGACAAUCUACGGUCUGCCCUGGAUUUGUCUCCUCCUUGUCCCCCUCAUCCCCGUCUACCACUGGCUGCAGAAUUACUACAGGCUCACGUCCAGAGAAUUGAAACGAAUAUCCAGCUCCACGCUCAGUCCGGUCUACGGGCAUUUCAACGAGACGCUGCAAGGCCUGACAACCAUUAAUGCCUUAAGGUCCAACCAGCGUUUCAAAGUUGAAAAUAUGGUCCACGUGGAUGCCAACAUUAAGGCUCAAUUUGCUAGUCAAGCUGCAACGCGUUGGCUAGGUCUUCGCUUGCAGUUCAUUGGGGUAGCUAUUGUUACCGGUGUUAGCUUUAUAGCUGUGGUACAGCAUCAGUAUGCUGUAGCUGAUCCAGGGCUCAUCGGUUUGGCCAUUUCUUACGCUUUGACUGUAACCGGUCUCCUGAGAGGCGUUAUCCAUUCGUUUACAGAAACCGAACAGGAAAUGAUCGCAGUGGAGAGGGUAAAUCAGUACAUUCAAGAGAUUCCAUUGGAGAGCACGUACUUUGUGACUGAUCCUCCAUUUGGAUGGCCCAAUCAGGGUGUUGUUAGUUUUAAUAAUGUUGUUGUGAAGUACAGGGAGCACUUGGCGCCCUCUUUGAUGGGGAUAUCUUUCGAGACCAGACCGUGCGAAAAAAUCGGAGUUGUGGGCCGUACAGGGGCCGGCAAGAGCUCCCUUAUUGCGGCCCUGUUCAGGCUGGUUGGCGUUUCAGGUGGAGAGAUAUGCAUCGACUCGGUGAACGUGGCCAAAGUGUCUCUAUCCGCUUUGAGAUCCAGAUUGUUUUGUAUCCCCCAAGACCCGUUCCUCUUCAGCGGUACCCUCAAAGAAAAUUUGGAUCCACUGGGUGAAUUCACAGAACACGAAAUAUGGAGUGCUCUAUCCAAAGUCAAUUUGGAAACUACCAUAAAGAAUUUAGGUGGUUUAAACAAUUCAGUGGAUGAAGGUGGUGUCAAUUUUUCAGUAGGGCAGAAACAGCUGAUCUGUUUAGCCAGGGCUGUACUGCAUAAUGCAAAGAUUCUGUGUAUAGACGAGGCAACUGCCAACGUAGAUCAGGAGACUGACAGACAAGUACAACUGACUUUACGGUCAGCAUUCAGGAAAAGUACUGUACUGACCAUUGCUCAUAGAGUCCAAACCAUCAUGGACUCAGACCGGGUGUUAGUGAUGCACGAGGGCAAAAUAGUUGAAUUUGACACUCCAGAUAACUUAUUAGCUAAUGAAUCAGGUUAUUUUUCUCAGUUAGUUAAUCAAGAUCUUUAAAAGUUAACUUUGUUAAAUUUGUAAGGUAUUUAUUUAAAAAUUAUUUGAGAAUUGAAGAAUUUGGGUAUAAUAAUAUGAUCAAUUUUGUGAAAGAUUCUAGUUAAAAAUUGAUAUUAAAUUAUAAGAUAAAAUUUUUUAGUCAAUUUUACACUCUCUGUUAAUUAUAAAUUAACUUUUUGUGAUUGAAAAACAAACGACGUCAUAGUAACCGUGCAAAUAAAAUUUUUGUUCAAGUUUUACUAUGCGAAUCCCUAAAGUCUUUGUUAUAAUUAUAUAAAGUUUUUGAGACAAUAGGUAUGGGAAAGAUUGAACUGGCUUUAUUUCUAGGCUUAUGGUGACGUCGUUUUUGUUUCUGUCACAAUAUAUUUAUAAAUGUAUAAUAAAAUAAUAUUGUAUAUUAGUUGUUAUAACAAUAAUGUUGUGUAUAAAGACUGAUAAAUGUUUUUUUUUCAGUAUCAAAUUUUGUUAUUACCAUUUAGAGUUAGCGAACUACAUUUAUUUUAUUGGUUUAUAAUAUAGUAAAAGUCAUUAUUUCUUUUAGUAUUAUUCGUGACAUUAUAUUAUUUUGACAUGUAUAAAAAAGGAAUCCAUAUCUAAAAGUGUAUGUAAACUUUAUUUUAAUAUAUUCUAUUUUAUAAA